AUGUAUUACAACCUCAAGGCCCUGAUCAAGGCCAUCCGCGCGACCAAGACGAUCGCAGAUGAGCGGGCGGUCAUACAGAAAGAAUCGGCAGCUAUCCGUACUUCGUUCAAGGAAGAGGAUAGCUUCGCCCGUCAUCACAACAUAGCAAAGCUGCUGUACAUUCACAUGCUGGGCUAUCCUGCCCAUUUCGGUCAAAUAGAAUGCCUCAAGCUCGUUGCGAGUCCAAAGUUUGCAGACAAGCGACUUGGCUAUCUCGGCAUCAUGCUCUUGCUCGAUGAGAAUCAAGAGGUUCUGACGCUGGUCACCAAUUCCCUCAAGAAUGACAUGAACCAUGCAAACAUGUACAUCGUCGGUCUCGCGCUCUGCACAUUCGCCAACAUUUCAUCAGAAGAGAUGGCAAGAGACUUAUCGAACGAAGUUGAAAAGCUUAUGGGCGGCAAUAACACUUACAUACGCAAGAAGGCAUCGCUAUGUGCUAUGAGAAUUGUGCGCAAAGUGCCAGAUUUGCUUGAUCACUUCAUAGACCGAGCCAGCGCCUUACUUUCCGAUCGCAAUCACGGCGUCUUACUCUGCGGCGUCACGCUCGUCACAGAUAUGUGUGCACUGGAUCCCAACGCGCUGGAGAGCUUCAGAGCAACAGUGCCGCUCCUUGUCCGACAUCUCAAAGCCCUCGUCACGACGGGCUACUCGCCCGAGCACGAUGUCAGCGGCAUCACCGACCCGUUCCUGCAGGUCAAAAUACUGCGCUUGCUGCGCCUCCUGGGGAAGGAUGAUCCUGUCUCAUCCGAAGCGAUGAACGAUAUCCUCGCGCAAGUGGCUACAAAUACAGAAUCGACAAAGAACGUCGGCAACUCGAUUCUCUACGAAGCGGUGCUCACUAUCCUCGAUAUCGAAGCGGAAUCUGGCUUGCGUGUGAUGGCUAUCAAUAUUCUAGGCAAAUUCCUAGGCAACAGAGACAACAAUAUCCGAUAUGUCGCGCUGAACACGCUGAACAAAGUUGUCGCGAUGGACACCAACGCCGUGCAAAGGCACCGCGCCAUCAUCUUAGACUGUCUACGCGAUGGGGACAUCUCAAUCCGACGGAGAGCGCUCGAGCUGUCUUACGCGCUUAUCAAUGACGCCAACGUUCGGGUACUCACGAGGGAACUGCUUGCCUUCCUGGAGGUCGCAGACAAUGAGUUCAAGCUCGGCAUGACGACUCAGAUCUGCUUUGCUGCCGAACGAUUCGCGCCCAACAGGCGGUGGCACAUUGACACUGUCCUACGCGUGCUUAAACUGGCUGGCAACUACGUACGCGAGGAAGUACUGAGCAAUUUCAUCCGUCUCGUCUCGCAUACACCAGAGCUGCAAGCUUACACGGUCCAAAAGCUCUAUUCUGCGCUGAGGCAAGACGUCUCGCAAGAGUCUCUGACUCUGGCUGGCGUCUGGAUCAUCGGCGAAUUUGGUGAUGUGCUUAUUCAGGGUGGCGCAUUUGAAGAGGACGAUGUCCUACGCGAGGCGACUGAUCAGGAUAUCAUUGACUUGGAGGAGAUCGUUCUGCAAUCGCCCUACGCCAAUCAGACUAUUCGACAAUUCGUCCUCGCAUCCCUAACGAAACUCAGCACGCGCCUGACAGAUCAGUCACAGCUUAUCAGGAUCGGCACGCUCAUGCAGCGAUACGAUCAGAGCGUGGAUGUCGAGAUUCAGCAGCGAUCUGUCGAGUUUGGUGCUUUGCUACGCGCAACGAGCGACGUUCGCUCGGGCGUUCUGGAGCGGAUGCCACCGCCCGAGCUCAAAGCCACCGUCAUCGGGAUCGUCAGUGAGAAGCGCGCAGUCGGGUCUACACGGCCGGAAGCAGAUUUGAACGAGCAGGGCGGAGAGACAUCUGCAGCUGGUCAAAGUAGUCAGCAAGCUACCCAGGACCUUCUAGCCGACAUCUUCGGGUCAAACGAUGCGCCCGCUCCAACGGCGGCACCGACUGGCAGACAGCAGGCGAACACAGACGUCAUGGGCUUGUUCGGCGGCGACGACGAAAUUCCUGCGGCAGCGCCAGAGGCGUACCCUGCAUAUAACGCCAACGGCCUCGAGCUAUCCUUCACCGCGCAGAAGGACGCUCAACGUGCCAAUGUCAUGAACAUUACCGCCACAUUCACUGCUGCAACGACAUCAGAGCUUAGCGGCGUAGUCUUCCAAGCUGCUGUGCCAAAGACACAAAAGCUACAAUUGAUGCCUAUGUCCAGCAAUGAGAUAAGCCCAGGCCAAUCAGAGACGCAGCAGAUGCGCAUUAUGGCACCGCCAGGUAGCGCGAUACGAUUACGCAUACGACUAGCCUACAACGUCGACGGGGCUGCUCAUCAGGACCAGACAGAUUUUAGCUUUCCGCCGACUAGCGAGAAGACCUGCUUCAACCUGUCGCACCCCAAUAAACCGAGCGGAGAGCGUCUUAAAGCGAUAUCGAAUCAGCUCAUCAUGUCAGAGACUGCAGUUGCCGACAUUGGCCUCAUCGGCUUGGCCGUCAUGGGCCAGAACCUCAUUCUGAACAUGAACGACAAAGGCUACACCGUCUGUGCGUACAACCGUACGGUCUCCAAGGUCGACGACUUCCUCGGAAACGAAGCAAAGGGCACAAACGUCAUCGGCGCUCACUCCAUCAAGGAGCUCGCGGACAAGCUCAAGAAGCCACGCAAGGUCAUCAUCCUCGUCAAGGCAGGUCCGGCCGUCGACGCUUUCAUCAGCCAGCUCCUUGAGGUCUUCGAAAAGGGCGAUAUCAUCAUUGAUGGUGGCAACUCGCAUUACCCGGACACGAACAGGCGUACAAAGGAGCUCGAGGCCAAGGGCUUGCUCUUUGUCGGCUCGGGUGUCUCUGGCGGCGAAGAAGGCGCUCGUCAUGGCCCAUCACUCAUGCCCGGUGGAUCGGAUGCCGCCUGGCCCGAGAUCAAAGAGAUCUUUCAGAAGACUGCUGCUCAAUCUGAUGGCGAGCCCUGCUGUGACUGGGUCGGCCAAGAAGGCGCUGGUCACUACGUCAAGAUGGUCCACAAUGGCAUUGAAUACGGUGACAUGCAGCUCAUCUGCGAGGCCUACGAUAUCCUCAAGCGCGGUCUCGGCAUGAAGGAGGCAGAGAUUGCCGACGUCUUCACUACUUGGAACAAGGGUGUCCUUGACUCCUUCUUGAUCGAGAUCACACGCGAUAUCCUCAAGUACAACGACGAAGAUGGCACACCGCUUGUAACCAAGAUUGCCGAUGUGGCCGGCCAAAAGGGCACAGGCAAAUGGACCGCUAUCAAUGCGCUCGAUAUGGGCAUGCCCGUCACGCUCAUCGGCGAAGCUGUGUUUGCUCGAUGCCUAUCAUCCAUCAAAGCAGAACGCACACGCGCUUCCAAGAAGCUCGGCGGACCUGCACAGGAAGAGUUCAAAGGUGACAAGCAGCAGUUCAUCGACGAUCUCGAGCAGGCUCUCUACGCUUCCAAGAUCAUCUCUUACUCCCAAGGCUUCAUGCUCAUGCGCGAAGCUGCAAAGGAAUACGGCUGGAAGCUCAACAAUGCCGGCAUCGCGCUCAUGUGGCGAGGCGGCUGCAUCAUCCGAUCCGUCUUCUUGGCCGAUAUCACAAAGGCAUUCAAGGCAGAGCCCGAACUAGAGAACUUGCUCUUCAACGAUUUCUUCAACUCUGCCAUCCACAAGGCACAGCCCGGCUGGCGAAGAAUUGCCGCCCAGGCUGCUCUGUGGGGAAUCCCAACGCCUGCGUUUAGCACUGCGCUCAGUUUCUUCGAUGGCUACCGCACCGAGCGUUUGCCUGCUUCGCUUCUGCAAGCCCAGCGCGACUACUUUGGCGCAGUAUGUAGGAUGAUAUCACGAGCAGUCAUGGUCCUGAUUUUGAGGUUUGCAGCAUACCUACCAGAUCCUGCCAGAGUUCUGCGGCGACAAGUACAAGGAAGGCACUGCAAUCCACACCAACUGGACCGGCAGAGGAGGCAAUGUGUCUGCCUCGACUUACACAGCGUAAUGCGUACUAGAAUCAUGUCAGGAAUGCAGCAUGCCCUGAGCUCGCUCUGUCGUGCGCUCGCUUUCUCCUUUCUCACUGUCGAGACGGUCAGGUCUGAUGGCGAGCUGAGCGGGCUGAGAUGA